AUUAUUGCACAAUGGCAUACUUACACAUGUUCAUAUAAGUCUAAUUAAUCUCUACAUGUUAAAUCUGACGUAACGUGGUAUUUGCGCAGUUGAACAGUUACAAAAUAUGUAUUAACGCUCAAGAGGUGUAUCCAAAAAUGAAGAUUUUCAAUAUUUCUUUCUUUUUAAUGUGAAUGUUUAUGGAAGACUAAGUACGGAAGUUGAUUUGUUGAGAAACUCAGUAAAUCAGACUCCUCAUUGAUAAAAAUUAUUCGAAGUGGUAGUCAACCAAUCAGGUACCUGAAUUUGUCAAUCAAACUGUUUUUGAACCUCACCUGGCAAAUGGCCGGAAAAUGGUGUUUACCGGGAUAGUUUAAUCUGCAGGAUUUUAGCUUUGCUAGCGUUUCUUAAAGAGGUGUAGCAGAAAUGGAGACAGACGGUUCCUUAAUAUGCUCUGCAACCAUAGAAUGGCUCAAUACUUUGGGAGUACUUAUUAAAAAACGUACUUAUAAGACGGCAGUAUUGCGAUUAACUCGAAAUAAUUUUCGAGACAUGUUUGUGGAAGUUCGAGCUGACAAAGGAAAGGAAGUUACAAGACUCCAGCUGAAAGGAGUUCGUGUCUUAAACAGAUAUAUGUCUGAGGGAAAAUCUUCAAUUAUAUUUAACGAAGUCAAAUGCACUAUGCUAUUAUCCAAUGCACCUCCUGCGAAUCUGAUAAAUUUCAUGAAAAUAAUAUUUAUCAAGAUGACUGGCCAAACAGAGCAGUCAUUAAAAAAUCCUUUGAGAGAGAAACUUCUUUCAAAUAAAUCUCUUGGUGGUGUGCAAGAGAUAAGUCCUGCUACGAUAGCUGAGAUCGAUAAAGCCAAGGAAAAGGCCAGUUCUGUAUCUCGUGUUACUACUACUACACCUUCUCCAAGUAACUCCAGGAAGAGGAAACUUAUCAAUCAAAAUACACCAAGCAUUCCCAAGGCCAAAAAAUUAUAUGCAAAUCCAACUAUAAGAAACCUGACUGCAGAACAAAAUAAGGUUUUGGAAAUGGCUCUCAGUCAAAAGAAUAUAUUCUUUACUGGCAGUGCUGGUACAGGUAAAUCAUUUCUAUUGAAGAGGAUUAUAGCUGCACUACCACCAGAUACAACUAUAGCUACAGCUAGUACUGGAGUUGCAGCCUGUCACAUAGGAGGAAUUACGUUACACCAAUUUGCGGGGAUAGGACUUGGACAUGCUACCUUGGACAGAUGCUUCUCAAUGGCAUCACAAUCAGCCGCGGCUUCCACGUGGAGAAAAAUCAAGCACUUAGUUAUUGACGAAAUCUCCAUGGUCGAUGGAGAUUACUUCGACAAGAUUGAAGCAGUUGCUAGACAUGUAAGAAAGAAUGAUAGACCAUUUGGUGGAAUUCAGUUGAUCUUGUGUGGUGACUUUCUACAAUUGCCACCUGUUUCAAAACAAGAACAAAAAGCAAAGUUUUGCUUUGAGAGUGAAGCGUGGAAGAAGUGUGUGCAUUUUAGUUUUGAAUUACAACAAGUACAUCGACAGAAAGAUCCUGCCUUUGUAAAAAUAUUAAACAGCAUACGGAUUGGUAGAGUUACUGAAGAUAUUGCAAAUACUUUAAAAGCUACUUCAUUACAAAAGAUCGAAAACGAUGGAAUACUUGCUACAAGACUGUGUUCACAUAUCAAUGAAGCAAAUGCAAUAAACAAUUCGCAGCUGGCAUGUUUACCAGGAGAGUCUCAAAUAUUCAUGGCACAGGAUUCUGAUCCAAUGGUAAGCCAAACACUAGAUAAACAAUUGCCAGUUCCAGGAAGACUCGAAUUAAAAGUCGGCGCCCAAGUUAUGCUUCUAAAGAAUAUUAAUAUUGCGAACGGACUAGUUAACGGAGCACGAGGCGUUAUAGUUAAAUUCGUGGACGACGUGCCAUUAGUUCAUUUUCGUGCUGGUGAACAUUACUUGGCGAAAAUGGAAAAGUGGUCAAUAAAAUCAUCAGGUGGAUCUAUGUUUUUUCGAAAGCAAAUUCCUCUAAAACUAGCUUGGGCAUUUUCCAUCCAUAAAAGCCAGGGGCUAACAUUGGACUGCGUUGAAAUGAGUCUAGGAAGAGUUUUCGAUUCUGGUCAAGCCUACGUAGCUCUAUCGCGUGCACAAAGUUUGCAAUCUUUGCGCGUUCUAGAUUUUAACGUGAAUCAAGUCUGGGCUAACACUACUGUAUUAGAAUUUUACAAAAGGUUCAGAAGGAAUUUGCAACAGAUGGACAUGAUCCCAUUAGGUAGAAAGAUGAAAAGUGCUAAUAAAUUAUGAUAGAUUGAUUAUAGUAGACACAAGAAGCUCUAAUGACAGUUUUUCGGAUUUAUAUUGAAUGUAAAUUCUAUCUUUUUAUAGAUUAUUAGGUUUAAAAAUUAAACCGUUAGCUUACAAUAUCGAUCCACGCUCGUGGUAGGUCGAUUGGGCUAAAAAUGAUAAUCACGAGAUAAUAAAUAUUUUUUUUCACCGAU